CUUGAGUAGAAGUAAAAAUUUAAAUCUUGAAUACUUCUAUAUAGUCAACUAAUUUAGAUGCAAAGUCACAUUGAAAAAGUCAUCAUUUUCAACUGCAAAGGACCUUAUCAACUCCAAUAUUUGAAAAGUAAAAUAUUUAAUUAUUGCACUAUAAAUACAUAUCCACACCAAUUGUAAAAUCAUAAAAACAAAUCUUAAACUCAAACAAACAUGGCUUAUUCUUUCCUUCUUCCAAUUCUAGUAAUCUCAAUAAAUUCUCUUCUCAUCCAAACAGCCCUUUCAGCAUCCCCACUUUUCAGCAUAUGUUCCAGCACUCAAAACUUCACCACCAACAGUCUUUAUGAGAGAAACCUUAACAAACUCUUAGGUGAUCUCUAUUUCAAGACCCCUCCAACCGGGUUCGGGUUUGGAUCAUCCGGUCAGUACACCGACCGGGUUUACGGGCUCUCCCUCUGCCGCGGCGACGUCUCGACCAACGACUGCAAGACAUGUGUCGUCGAGGCAAGCAGCCACGUCACCAAGAUUUGCCCCAACAUCAAAGGGGCCGUCAUUUGGUACGACAACUGCUACUUGAAAUACUCCGAUGUCAAUUUUCACGGCACGAUCGAUAAUCGGAACAAAUUCUACAUGUGGAACUUGAACAACGUGAGCACGAACGCUGAGCUGUUUAACCAGAAGACGAGAGAGUUGAUCGGAAAUCUGUCGACGAAUGCUUCUCGAACGAGUAAAAUGUACGCGAAUGGGGAAACUGACAUCGGGAUAGAAUCGAAAAUAUACGGAAUGGCUCAAUGCAGUAGAGAUUUAUCGAGAGAUGAUUGCAAGAAGUGUCUCGACGGCGCAGUGAGUGAGCUACCGAGUUGCUGUGGAGGGAAACAAGGCGGGAGAGUUGUUGGCGGGAGUUGUAAUAUUAGAUAUGAGAUCUAUCCUUUUCUCAAUUAGUUUUCAUGUUUAUAUAUAUUCAAUAAAUGAUUUGUAAUUUUGAUUGAAUUCAGUAAUUUUAUGUGUUUAUUCAAUAAAUAUUAUUGCCUAA